CGUCCUUUGUCAUCCUCAGCUUUUUCCCCACACACUGCCUCACCUCAGCCAUGAGUCUACCGGCAGCCCCGCCCAGUUACGCUGAAGCCAUGGCAGGGGACAAGGAGCAGACGUACGGUGGAGUGAUGGUGGCAAUGCCCCCCUACAGUGACAACCUGCCCCCCAUGCCCCCUCCACCGGUGCCCAUCCACACCAGCUGGGCCUACGUGCACCCCAGUCCCAGCCCGGGCUACACCAACCCCUACGCUUCUGACAUGUCCUCUCCCUUCUCUGACCCCAGCACCAGCGACAGCUUGGAUGGAAGCAACUGGGAGGACAAGAACAUCCGACGUAUGUUCAUUCGCAAAGUUUUCUCCAUCCUCAUGGUCCAACUGUUGGUGACCUUUGGUAUCGUGGCUCUCUUCACGUUUUGUGAACCAGUCCGGCAGUUUGUGCAGUACAAUCGAAUCCUCUACCUUGCCUCAUACAUCAUCUUCAUGGGGGCAUACCUGGUGCUAGUCUGCAGCACAAGUGCCCGGCGACAGUAUCCCACCAACCUCAUUCUCUUGGGGAUAUUUACUUUGGCAAUGUCUUACAUGGCAGGAAUGCUGGCUAGCUACCACAACACUAAAGUGGUGAUGCUGUGUGUGGGCAUUACCGCCAUGGUGUGUCUGUUCAUCACGCUCUUCUGUUUCCAGACCAAGGUGGAUUUUACGUCGUGUCACGGUCUGCUCUUCUCUCUCAUGAUGGUGCUGAUGGUGACGGGACUGUUGCUCCUCUUCACCGCACCCUUCGGAUAUAUACCUUGGUUGCAGACAGCGUACGCUGGACUGGGUGCCCUUGUCUUCACAUUGUUCUUGGCCUUUGACGUGCAGCUACUGAUGGGCAACCGGCGGUACUCCUUGAGUCCUGAGGAGCACGUGUUCGGAGCGAUGUGCCUUUACAUGGACGUGGUCUACAUCUUCUUCUUCCUCCUACAGCUGUUUGGGAGUCAGGAGUGAAGUCACACCACCUUGUAGUCACGUUCAAUAGCCCCCCCCCCCUCGCUGAGUUUACUUUAUUAGGAUCUCGUUUAGCGACUGCACAUGCAGCAGCUACUAUUCCUGGGGUCCACUUAAAACGUACAAAUACAUUACAAAGGACAGAGCAGUAAUAGACAAGAAUAUAAGAUAUUACAUUAAAUUCAAAAUAACAAUGAAGUGUGUGUGUGUGUGUGUGUGUGUGUGUGUGUGUGUGUGUGUGUGUGUGUGUGUGUGUGUGUGUGUGUGUGUGUGUGUGUG